GUGUGCGGGACACCUGAGUAUAUCGCCCCGGAGGUGAUCUUCCGCCAGGGCUACGGGAAGCCGGUCGACUGGUGGGCCAUGGGCGUCGUCCUCUAUGAGUUCCUGGUGGGCUGCGUGCCUUUCUUCGGAGAUACCCCUGAGGAGCUCUUUGGCCAGGUGGUCAGCGAUGAGAUCAUGUGGCCAGAGGGGGACGAGGCCCUUCCAGCUGACGCCCAGGACCUCAUCACCAGACUACUCCGGCAAAGCCCCCUGGACCGUCUGGGCACUGGUGGUACCCACGAGGUGAAGCAGCACCCCUUCUUCUGGGCCCUGGACUGGGCAGGGCUCCUGCGACACAAAGCUGAGUUCGUGCCGCAGCUCGAAGCCGAGGAUGACACCAGCUACUUCGACACACGUUCGGAACGCUACCGCCACCUAGGCUCUGAGGACGAUGAGACCAACGAUGAGGAGUCUUCCACAGAGAUCCCCCAGUUCUCGUCCUGCUCCCACCGGUUCAGUAAG